UAUGGCAGCACAUUUUUUAACUAAUCUGUGCUGGCAUCCCUGCCGGGUGUGUGAGCGACGAAUUGUGUAUCUGUAAUUUACUUAAUUUUAAGUGUAAACAAUGAAUUUUAUAAAUUGUUUAAUCGUGCGACAUUAAAAAAUAUAUAAUCUUAAUGCCAAUGUCGUAAUUUAGGUGUUUUAUACGCUUUUUAUAUUGAUGUGAGGUUCUCGUGCUUUGUCUUCGUGUGUGACAAUAUAGUCAAAAUGGCGCAUCAACUGGCACCGUCUGUAAAUUGUUCAUUGGACGACAUUGACCUCAGCGCUCUAAAGGAUCCUGCUGGUAUAUUUGAACUCAUAGAAGUGGUCGGAAAUGGCACCUAUGGACAAGUAUACAAGGGGCGCCACACCAAAACAGGGCAACUUGCUGCCAUCAAAGUUAUGGACGUCACACAAGAUGAGGAGGAAGAGAUAAAGCUUGAGAUAAAUGUGCUGAAAAAGUAUUCUAAUCAUCGCAAUAUUGCCACAUACUAUGGUGCUUUUAUCAAAAAGAGCCCGCCUGGAAAGGAUGACCAACUGUGGUUGGUCAUGGAGUACUGUGGUGCUGGAUCUGUGACUGACUUAGUGAAGUCCACUAAGGGGCAGUCAUUAAAAGAAGAAUGGAUUUCAUACAUCUGUAGAGAAAUCCUAAGAGGUCUCAGUUAUUUACACUCCAAUAAAGUUAUUCACCGUGACAUAAAGGGACAAAAUGUCUUGCUUACAGACAAUGCUGAAGUUAAACUUGUGGAUUUUGGAGUGUCAGCACAACUGGAUAGGACUAUAGGAAGAAGAAACACUUUCAUUGGUACUCCAUACUGGAUGGCACCCGAAGUUAUCGCGUGCGAUGAAAACCCCGAUGCAACUUACGAUAAUCGUUCUGACCUUUGGUCGCUCGGAAUAACUGCACUUGAAAUGGCAGAAAGUCAACCGCCACUUUGUGAUCUCCACCCUAUGAGGGCUCUUUUCCUCAUUCCAAGAAACCCGCCGCCUCGUCUUAAGUCCAAGAAAUGGGCUAAAAAGUUCCACAGUUUCAUUGAAACUGUACUGGUGAAAGACUACCAUCAACGGCCGUACACUGAACAGCUGUUGAAACAUGCAUUUAUAAGAGACCAACCCACAGAGAGACAGGUAAGAAUACAACUGAAGGAUCAUAUAGACCGAUGUAAGAAACGGAAGCAGGACAACUCGGUGCGCGAGGACUACAAGUACUCUGGCUCGGAGGGAGAGGAAGAAGAGAACGCGGUCGCCGGCGAGCCCUCGUCCAUCGUGCACAACGCGGCCGCGCACCAGGGCGGCGACACUCUGCGCAGGAACUUCCAACAAAUCCAGGAAGGCCCAAGACCUGCUGAAGCUCCGCAACCUCAGCCUCCACCGAAACGCAACAGCAAGCGAGAGGAACGCGAGGAGAUUCCAGAGCCAGGUCCGCCGGCGAGGCCGACUAUACCUCAAAGACUGAUUGUUGUACCAGACCCACAGGCACAGCAGCCUAACAGAUAUAGGCCUCUUCCACCAACACCAAAGUCUUCGGGCUCAUCGAACAGUUCAGGCUCUAACAACGGCACGCCGCCGGCCAGCGGCCCGCAGCCUCCGCAACGCGGCUCACAUCACAUGUUCAAACCUAUGCUUCCACCGAGAAGGCCAGAGGAUUUGGACAAGUUGGCUGCUCAGCUUAACGAACUUGGCGUCGUGUCUGGUAACGAGCCGCCGAACAGGCCACCUCGCGCUCCCACUAAUGGUCAAGGACCACCAGUAGAGAGAAACCAACCAGAACCGGCGUUUGAGGACUCUGAUAGCGAUUCUGACGCCGAAGAGAGUGGUGGAAGGGUACGCAAUGAUGGCACCCUCCUGGCUAGCGACCCGCCCAAGCCACUUCCCGAGUUCUGUUACAGGCCAGGUCUGAGCGCGGUGUCGGAGGACGGCGGCGGCGGCGCGGGCGGCGGCGCCCCCACGCGCCCGCUGCCGCCCACGCCCGACGACGACGACACGCACGCCGACCGCACGCUCGUCAUGAAGAGGAGAGAGAAUACCGACAACGAUAAAAGGCAGUCUGAUGUUGAUGAAGCAGUAUUACUCAAGGAUUGGGACUUCGCCCGAUUUUUCCCUUCAAAGAAUUCUGAGAAAGAAGAAAAGCAUGACUCAUCGAAAGAUGCGGAACAAAAGCGAGCUCAGCUACAACGUCAGUCGCGAUUAGAAAUGGAAGAUGCGUGGUCUAAAUACAAAGCUAUAGCUACUCCUCCUUCUCGACACAAGCAGCUUUUGCAGAAACCCGCCGACAAGUCCACGCAGGAAAAGUUAGCUGAUAUUCUGAAAUACAAGAAAGAGCCUGAUUCCGAAGUCAACUCUCCCAACCGAUUCUUCCGCGGCUUCAGAAGAGAAAAUUCCGAUCUCUUUCCACUGCCUAGUACACGUCACUCCGCUAUAUACUUUCCAAAAAAUGAAAGCCAAGUAGGAGUCAAUAAACAACUUCGAUCAAGUGGAAUCUUUAACAAUUCUCGCAAACAAGUUAUAAAACCUUCAGCUGGAGAGCCCAUAUUAACAGACUUCAUAAAAACGAAUGAUAGUUUAAAGAUGGCUCAAGCCGAGGGUAGAAAAAGUGAAAAGAAAAGAACUCCCGAUCGAAAAAUUGCAGCCAGCAACCCUAUCGAUGCCCUCAAAAAUGUUGCUGCCCUUAUCCGACAAGAUAGCGAGAGCAACGGACCGAGUCGGCAGAGCAGCGUGAACAGUGACUCGCCAGCAACGAGCAUUUGCUUCACGAGUAGCGCCUCAUUCGAAAAAGCCGGCACGCCCGACCUAACCGCAAAUACACAUGAGAAAUCAAAUAUAGAUCAUGUGAACGAAGACAACGUGGUGAAGCCACGCAGAGAAAAGACUGAAUCGGAUAUAGUAUUCCGGAGAAACUCUCAAUAUAACCGGCAUACAGAACUUAUGUCAAGUUGUGGGCAGGAAGCGGUACUCGCUCAGGAUCAGGGUCGAUCAAGCGGCACCAACGAAGGAAGUGGAUCUCGCACUAGCUCCGUACUACCCGAUCUGCUGAGCCAAGCUGGACAGCCGACCACUCCUCCACGACAUGACAAGUCCACGAGCGAAGAGUAUAGGCAAGCCAUUGCCGGAGGCACGCCUCUGUCCCAUCACCAUCACCAUCCUCCCCCAUCCUCAGUUCAAUCGACGCCGUCCAAAUCGUUCGUGGUUGGCGCGGCUUCCCCACAUCCCUUACAGCAAUCCCCUUCGAACUCGUCUGUGGGAUCCCAACAACAGUUCCUUCCCUUGCAACAGAAGCAGCGUUCGUUCCUCACGUUCGGGUUCGGCGCGGGCUCCACUGGCAGCGGAGGCACCGGCGGCUCCGGCGGCAAUGCUUCGCGACGUGAGAGCCACGUCAACGUCAAUGUCACUCCGACAGGCCAUGACCUCUCUUCCGAUACCCCCGAAAUCCGGAAAUAUAAGAAGAGGUUUAACUCGGAGAUACUCUGCGCAGCAUUGUGGGGAGUCAAUUUACUUAUUGGCACCGAGAAUGGUUUAAUGCUUUUGGACCGAUCAGGUCAAGGAAAAGUUUACCAAUUGAUCUCACGACGCCGCUUCCAACAAAUGGAAGUGUUAGAAGGACAAAAUAUACUUGUGACUGUAUCUGGAAAGAAGAAUCGUGUGCGUGUAUACUAUCUCAGCUGGCUCAAGUCCAAAAUUCUGCGCACCGACGGCCUUAGUGACCAAGCCGAAAGGAGGAAUGGCUGGAUAAACGUCGGUGAACUUCAAGGCGCAGUACAUUUCCGCAUCGUCAAAUACGAAAGAAUCAAGUUUCUUGUUAUUGCUUUGAAAGACUCCAUCGAGAUUUACGCGUGGGCGCCCAAACCAUAUCACAAAUUCAUGGCCUUUAAGAACUUUGGGGAACUGCAACAUAGGCCUCUUUUAGUUGAUUUGACUAUAGAAGACAGCACAAGACUGAAAGUAAUUUACGGAUCAGCAGAUGGUUUUCAUGCUGUGGACUUGGAUACUGCCACAGUUUACGAUAUAUAUAUUCCAAAGCAUGUAAGUAACCAUACACAAGGAGCUAUCGUCCCACACUGCAUUGUACCGCUUCCUAACUCAAAUGGAGUUCAGUUGUUAUUAUGCUACGAUAACGAAGGAGUUUACGUGAACACAUAUGGACGAGUAAGCAAGAACAUUGUUCUCCAGGUCUUCUUUCAGUGGGGUGAAAUGCCAACAUCAGUAGCCUACAUCGGCACAGGACAGAUAAUGGGAUGGGGCAAUAAAGCGAUUGAAAUUCGUUCAGUUGAAACCGGUCAUCUCGACGGCGUUUUUAUGCACAAGAAAGCACAACGACUCAAAUUCUUAUGUGAGCGCAAUGAUAAAGUGUUCUUCUCAUCCGCCAAGGGUGGUUCCUCUUGUCAGAUAUACUUCAUGACGCUCAACAAGCCCGGCAUGGCCAACUGGUAGUGCAGGGGCGCGGCAGGCGUCGCGCGCGCCGCUCAUCUGUGAUUGUAACCGCACGGCGUCCCUUACUAAGUGCAUGCCCGUACUGUACAAGAUAAUGCCAGUAGAUUAGUCAAUAUAACAAAAUCAUGUGCUUUGGCCACUCGAAAUUCAAAGACUUGUGAUAGUGACAGAAAUUAGUAUAUGUGCUCAAAAGACAAUCCACAAAAUAAUUUACAUUCAAGUAUUCGAGGACCUUCUUAGUAAAUGUGGCAUUUUGUACUGAUGAAUGAUAAUUUUCAUUACAAGCUAUUAAGGAAUAUUAUAUUAUUAAGCAAUAACCUUUAGAAUAAAUGUUUUGAUAUUGACAAUUAUGCAUAAGUAAGUUAAUGUGCUUAGGUUUUAUUAUUAUGUUGCAAUUGAUAAUUUCUUAAAGAAAAUGUAAUUGAAAUCAACUAUUAAUUCAUAUAUGCCAUAUUGUUUAUAAUGUUAAGAUAGUUGGGUGAUGAUAUUAUUAAUUGGUUACAUAAUUAUUUUUAUGAUACAUAUUAACAAAGUAAAAUGCCAUGUCUGACAGGUUAUAAUUAAUUAUAACAAUCAUUCAACAAAAACAAUUAGAGUUAAUGUAAAAUUAUAUAUCAAUUUACAUAUUAUGUAAGGUUUGUUCACUUAACAAAUUGGCAUUUAGUCAAGUCACUUUGUAUCAUAAUUAUCACACCAAACUACAUUUUUUAUUAAUGGAUAAAUCCUAAAAAUUUGGUAAUAUUUAUUAUUUAUUUGUUAUGUACUAUAUUAUUUACAUGUAUAAAGAUAUAACUGUGCAUAUUGAAAGUAUAUA